AUGAAGUUCCUUCAGCGGGCCGUCGCCUGCAUCUGCUUAGCCUCGCAGGUCGUUCUUGGCCAAGGAUACUUUCUGGAGCGGAUCAAGCAUCAGGGUCUCGCUCCUUUCAAUCCUGGUGGAGCAGGAUACAAUGUGUUCAUAAACGUCAAGAGAUUCGGUGCUAAAGGUGAUGGCGUUACCGAUGAUACUGUAGCUAUUAAUGCGGCUAUUCGACAAGGUGCACGCUGUGUUGCAGGUCCUGCUAACAAUGGUGGAUGUGCCUCUAGCACCACCAGUCCUGCGAUUGUCUAUUUCCCUGCUGGUACCUAUAUCAUAUCCUCCCCAAUCAUCCCAUACUACAUGACAAAUCUUCACGGAGACCCAAGUAACCUCGCUGUUAUUAAGGCUUCACCUAAUUUUAAGGGAGCUGCUCUUGUUGAUGCCGAUCCUUAUGACUCGGAGGUUCAAGACUAUGGCUCGACCAACGUCUUCUACCGACAAGUUCGAAACCUUAUUAUCGACACCACUAGCAUUCCAGCAAACCAGGGUGCUACUGGGUUGCACUGGCCGACCGCUCAAGCCACUAGUUUACAAAAUGUUGUAUUCAAAAUGGCUGAAGGUGCUGCCAGCCAGCAUACCGGCGUGUUUAUCGAGAACGGAUCUGGUGGCUUCAUGACUGACCUCGUCUUCUAUGGCGGUAAAACCGGUAUGACUGUCGGUUCUCAGCAAUUCACUACCCGAAAUUUGACAUUCUUCAAUUCACAAACUGCGAUCUUUCAAAUCUGGGACUGGAGUUGGACAUACAUGGGCCUCUCCAUCAACAAUUGUGGAAUAGGUCUAGAUUUAUCGACCGGAGGAUCUCAAAACCAAGCAGUAGGAUCUGUUGUCGUCAUAGACAGCCAUAUUUCGAAUACUCCCAUCGCAUUUAAGCACGCUCGUACCGCCGAUUCAUCCCCCAAAACCGGAGGAAGUCUGGUUCUUGAGAAUGUUCUUCUCACCAACGUCGCAGUUGCCGUCCAACAGCCUACUGCUCAACUUGAUGGAAACCAACUGAUCACCAGUUUUGUAUCUGGUCAUGCUUAUGAUAGCAAGGGACCUGCUAUCUUGCCAAAUCCUACACGUCCUUAUAAUCGACCAGGCUCGCUUCUUCAUGGCGCUGGAAAUUAUUACACACGAUCCAAACCUCAGUAUGAUACAGUGCCAACCCUCCAAUUCGUUAGUGUCCGUGAUGCUGGCGCCAAAGGUGAUGCAGUUACCGAUGACUCUGCUGUUCUUCAAUCGGUCAUCGAUUCAGCCACAGCAGCCGGAAAGAUUGUGUUCUUUGAUAAUGGUAUGUACAAAGUCACAAAGACCAUCAAGAUCCCAGCUGGGGCAAAGAUCGUCGGAGAAGCAUAUCCUGUCAUCUUGGCUUCAGGUGCCUUCUUCCAAAAUAUGCAGGCCCCAGUUCCUGUCGUUCAAGUCGGUGCAGCUGGGGAGAGCGGACAUGUCGAAUGGUCUGAUAUGGUUAUCUCAUCACAAGGCCCAUGUGCUGGCGCGAUUCUUAUUCAAUGGAAUCUCUCAUCUCCUCCUAAUGCUCCAUCUGGCAUGUGGGAUGUUCACACUCGUAUUGGGGGGUUUGCGGGGAGCCAGCUUUCGAUCACAGACUGUCCUGUUGAUGCUCCUCAACCACAGCAGAAAUGCAUUGCUGCAUUUCAAAGCAUGGAAAUCACGCCCUCGGCCAGUGGCCUCUAUAUGGAAAAUGUCUGGUUGUGGUCUGCGGAUCAUGAUAUCGAGGAGGUUAAGAACCGCCAGAUCACGGUUUACUCUGGACGUGGCCUCUCAAUUUCGAGUACUGUUGGAAACAUCUGGCUGAUCGGAACAUCUGUGGAACAUCACGUGUUCUACCAAUACCAACUCACCAACACCCAAAACAUCUUCAUGGGAUUCAUCCAAACCGAAUCUCCAUACUACCAACCCGUUUCCUUCGCACCUACUCCAUUCACCACCAUCGCCGAGCAAAACGAUCCAGACUUCGGCGUCUACUGCAAAGACAAAGAUGUCACUUGCAAUGAGGCAUGGGGUGCUCGUAUCGUGAACUCGAAGAACAUCAUGAUCUACGGAGCUGGAUUCUACCAAUUCUUCAACAACUACCGUACUAAAUGCACUGAACACUCCGGCAACGGCGUCUACUCCGCAAACUGCCAGACGCAGAUCUUCGGAAUCGACACUGGCGGUCCCACACCUACCAGCGGUAGCAGCGUCUACGUCUACGCUCUCAACACCGUCGGUGUGGUUAGCAUGAUCGAGUUCCAGGGUAACAGCAUCGCCAAACAAGAAGACAAUACUAAUGGCUAUGCUGAGACGAUUAUCAUGUUCAGCACAUAA